UAGCCUCUCUCAUUUCAAUUGCUUCACGUACUUCCGAGAAUCGACAAUGGUGCGACAGAUCGGACAAAUCGGUUACUUCAACAACCAUGAAUCUACACAUUGAGCAUGAAACUGUGCUUAAAAAUAGGAUUUCUCACUUAGAUUGAAACGUUCCAAGGAACAGCAGAAUCAAAAUCACUGCUUCUGCUUCCCUUCUCCCCUGUUUUGAAUUCAAAGCUUGGAAGCUGCUCUAGAUCAUCAAUGGGCAUUCUACUGCCUCCAUUGCUGCCCUUCUAUAUGCUUGCGAAACUGAACCCUCUCCGAAAAGCUCUCCCAAUUACACAAACAUGAACUAAGAUCUAUACACAGAGAUGACAAUUGCCAUCGAUAAAAAUCUUUAUUACAAAACCCAGGCACUUAGCCAGCCAAGAUUAGAUAGAAGAAAUGAUCAGAGAUGUGACAGCCUCCAUACACCUUUAUCAUAUCGCUGUGGUAUCAGUAUUUGGAAGAAAGGAGUGACUGUCUUGGUAGGAGACCCAAAUUUGAGUCUAGCUCUUUAGGCCUCGUUUGGUAAUCAUCCUCGGGAACAGUUCUGUUCCACAGAACAGAAGAACAACUUUGAUUUGCGUUUGGUAAAAUCCAGUUCGUUCUUAUGUUUCUGCAGUACGAACCGGUACAAAUAUGCUUGUUUCACAUUGUACGAUAAGAAUUUGAGACGAAAAAAAUUGGAGGGAAAAAUCCCCCCUUCCCGAUCAAAUACCCUCACCCUCCAAGGCCCCCACAGAUCCCUUCUCUCUAUCUUCUCGAGAGCUCUCUGCAAUCUCUCAUCGCUGAAGAAAAUCAAAGGAAGAAGAGAACUCCAGUAGGUACGUUGCAGCCAUCUCGACCCCUUCUCUCUCUCUCUCUCUCUCUCUCUCUCUCUCUCUCUUAGCAAGCCGCAAGUGCAGCGUGAUCUUCCUGCUCACGUUGGAGCUUCGAAGCUUUGCAACAAACUUGCUUCGAAGCUCGAACAUCCCCUCUUGCUCACUCAAAAAAGACUUACAAAGGUACUCUCCAAAAAAAAAAGGCCUACAUUUUUUAUUUAUUUAAUACUCUUCUGGGUUUACUAAUCUGGGGCUCAAUUCCUCAAUCCCCUGUCACCAAUUCCAAUGAUGUUAGGGUUAAAUUCGAUGUGUCUUUGUUAGAUGAGAUUUUCUUACCCAACAAAAAAAGUUGGAUGAGUUUUUUUUACCUGAAUAAUUUUUAGGGUUCAAUAUACUCUGGGUUGAACGGCAAAAUUUAGGGGUUUUGUUGUUAAUCGUGAAUGUUUAACUGCUUCAUCAGUAAAGCUCAUUACUUCAGGCAUAUAAUGGGUUACUGUUGGUCACAUGGUAUAAUGCAUCAUCCUUCAUGCACUUCCAACAAUUGAAGAAAAAGCAUGAGAAGUCCCUUGAGUAAGGAACUGAAACAGGACCAUUGUCUCCACUGUGCUGCUUCAGCUUUGAAAUUUGGUUUCUUUCCCUUCAUUUCAACUGGGUUUUUGUUGAAUUGAUCUUUUUCUUGUUCUAGUUCUAGUCAUCCCUCCCUCCCUCUCUCUGUGUGUUUACAUGCAUUCUCCCUUCUGACUGGAAUUCCUUCGAGAGAAAUAAUUUGGGACCAAAGAGAGACCUGUGUUAAAAGUGCUUUAUGGAAUUAAUGAAAGUUAAGAAUGGGAGUGAGUGUGUAUUGUAUAGACGAUGGAACAUACUGUAAUCUGACUGAAUUGUACAUGGCUCAUGGAGUGUAGAUGACCCACUUCUUGAUUUUGGAGCUCCUGUUUUUCCCUGAUUGUACAAUGCCUUUGAAUGAUGAAUUGAUAACCUAGUUGACUUGUACUGAUUUCAGUGUAGGGUAUGGAUAGAUGGUAAGAGAAACAAUUGUGAAUUUAGUCCUUCUAAUACUGUAUCGAAUCUAUUGACAUGGGCAGACUUUUAAUUCUCUUGCUUCUGAAAUUGACUGAACCAUAUUUGAUUGGAACCGUCUCAAAAUUAUGUGAAUUCUACAUCUUUGUUUAUGAUCUUAUAGCCAUUGUGAUGUUGUAAAAUUAUUUCUGUGAGAUUUCAUAUAAUUGUAUCCAUACUGAAGUGUCGUCCUCUUCAAUUAUUUCAAUUAACUUUUGUUGGAUCCAGCUGACUCAAUUUAGCAUUGUAGUAGAAUUUUUCUUGAUUCUUGUACAUGAGCUCUUGUUUUUAUCAAUGUCAGACCCAAUGGCUAGUAAUGCAAACCCCAACGUUUACACUGCAUGGGGAACAAAAGAGUUGAAUGCAUUCAUUAAGUUGAUGAUAGAUAACGUUAAGAAGGGGAACAAGACCAAUUCUACUUUCAAUAAAGCUGGAUGGGACAAUAUCAAAACCCGAUUAGAGGCUUGUAUGGGUCGUUCUUUCAAUAAGGAACAACUCCGUAACAAGAUGAACAGGUUGCGAAAUGACUACAAAAGCUUCAAGAAACUGCUUGAAACAACAGGUUUUAGAUGGAAUUCAAUCACUAGGACAAUUACAAAUGAUGACAGUGUAUGGAAAAAGGCUAUACAGGCAAACCCAACCUGGUCCAAAUUUAAGAGGAAUGGAUUACCCUACUGGCCUGAGUUGCAACUGAUCUUUGGAGAUUCAUAUGCACGUGAGGAUUUGGGAAUCAGUCAAGCGUUAGUGAUUUCUGUCAAUGAUGGUCCAAAUGAAGUACCUAUUGAUGUUGCCCUACCUACUCCCACCCCUAUGGACAGAGAUUUGGAUGAUAUAGAAGAUUUUGAGGCAGAGGAAGAGCAUCUUUGUGUUACCCAGAGGCUUGAUAGAAUGCCAUCAACCCGUAGGAAGCGAAGUAUUACUGCUGAUGUUUCAAAUGCAUUGCUGUCCAUUAGAAAAUUUUGUGCUUGGAAAAUGAAUGGGAUGGGCAAUACCUCUGCCAGAUCUACAGCUCCUCCUCCUCCUCCAACAAUGACUGUGGACUACAACAUAGUUACCUGUCAGAGAUUGCUGGACACCAUACCUGAUCUUAGAAAGGAGUUGUACAUGAAGGCGGUCAAACGUAUGUGGGAGGAUCAAGAAUGGAGACAAUCAUUCAUUGUCUGCAUUCCUGAAAGAAGGGCUUGGUUGCUAGAGAUAUUAGAAUAGUGAAGAUGGUGUUUAGUUGGAUGUAGUACUUAUGGAUGAUUUAACUUUUUAAGUUUGAUUUCGCAUUGAUGUAGAUAAAUGGUUUUAGCACAUUAUGGAUGUUUUAAGUAUUCAAGGAGGCUAUUCUUGUUGGUUUGACUGAAA